CAGGCCGUCCCCCCCAGUAUAUCAAUGGCCACCGCUCUCUGUCGAUCGUCAGUCUGUCUGUGAACGCCAUCAUGCAAUCACUCCUGGUCAGCUCCCUCUUCGUGCUCCUGGUCAGCUUCCACCUCGUGGUUGGUCUGGAAAGGGAAGCAAAGAGAGUUACGGCUGUCCUGUAUUCGGAACUUGAUGGGAAAGGAUCCUCGCUAUGCACGCACAGAACUAUCCCUUAUCUGCGUUCAUUCACCUUCGACAACAAGAUACAAAGUGUCUAUCAAACUGGCAUGUGGAUUUACUAUGAGCAUGAAAGGUUCAACGCGUUUGGCCAUGGUUUCGUUUUACUCAAAUAUGGUAAUAAAUUGCUUGAAAAUUUCGAAAGGAGAUAUAGAAAUAAAGUGUCUUCCGUACGCCUGGUAAACAGCUAUAAAGAUAAGAGUCAUGACGUCAUCACGUUCUACAAAGGCAUCCAGUUUACAGACAGGGAUUUAGCCACGGGGGUCGACAUGCCUUACCUUGGAUACUCGAUGGAUGUCUCCUCUCUGAUUGUCAUUGGAAACAGUCCAUGGACAAUAUACAGUAAAUAUCACUACGGAGGACACAAGGAGUGUGUGUAUCCUGAAACCGACCAUUAUAUAAAUGGGAAAGACGAACGCAUCCAAUUCGGCCUCUAUCCUAACAUAACAAAUGUGCCCUUUUUCGAGAAAGGCGUCCAGUCAGCGAGGAAGGGAUGCUGGUAGUCGCAUUGUGAAGAUGGACGAGAACAUGAAGUCUAACAAAUCAUCGUGUCGCCACCCGCUGAGGACUUCAGAGUGAAUGUUUCCAUGGCGCUCAUUGGCUUGUGUUGAAAAAUGGAACCAACUAAUCCACAUAUUGCACAUCACUUUGUUAGCAAAAAAAAAAAAAAAAAAAAAAGAAAAGACAAGAAAAAAAAUUCUCAAAGAUGACAGGUCUGCUCAUUUGUGAUGGUUAGCCAUUCGAUAAUAAAAACAUAUAUACAAAUA